AUGAAAGAAAAAUAUGACGAUGGAGAUGAGGAAAUUAUAAAAGAAAGUAGAUUAAAAAUAAAUAAAAAACAUCACCAUCGUGAGCAUAAGCAUGAAAAAAAAAAGGAAAAGGAAAGAAAAAAGUACAGUAAUAAAUAUGAUAAAUAUGAUAUGUAUAAUAAGUAUGAUAAAUAUAAAAGUGAUAAAUAUGAUAACUAUAAAAAAUACUAUAAAUAUGACAAAUAUAAUUAUCUUGACGAUUCUUCCAAAAAAAACCGACAUGGAAGAAAAAGAGAUAAAGAAAAAAAAUAUCGAGAUGAUAAUUCAAGUUCAAUAGAAAAAAAUGAUAAUAUAAAAACGAAACCAGAAUUUUCAUAUAAUUCAUUUGAUUAUUUUAAUAAACACAUUUCUGAAAAUAAGAUUUCAUCAAAUUAUAUUAAUGAAGAGAAAUUAAAAUAUGAAAAACAAGUAUUUCAAAAAGCAUAUGGCUUAUCUUUAGACGAUGAUAUAUGUUAUGAUAAUUUUCUAUUUGAAAAAGGUGAAGAAAAUAAUAAAAAUGUAAAAAAAAAUACAAAAAAAUGUAACGAACAGAAUAAUAAUAAAUAUUAUGAAUGUUAUAGCUGUAAAACACAAAAUCUGUUUUCAAAUGUUCAGUGUUACAAAUGUAAAAAAUUGAGAAAACUGUAG